AUGAUGCUACAACUGGAAUCGAGCACUACAACUAGAGUUGAAAGUGAAGUUGGAGGUUUAAGUGGAGGUGUAAGACUAGGGGGAACUGAAAAAGGAAAUGGAGGUGGAGCUGGAGGUAGAGUUGGAACUGAAGAUGGAGACAGAACUGGAGAUGGGGGUGAAACUGGAGAUGGGGGUGCAAGAGGAGGUGGAGGUGGAAGUGGAGAUGAAAGUGGAGGUGGUGAUGGAGAUGGAAGCGGUGGUGGAGGUGGGGGUGUUCGGAGAGGCAGAGGUGCUGUUGGCAGUGGAAGUCGAAAUGAAGGCAGGGGUAGUGGUACAGCUGAAGGUGGACAUUUAGGUAGAGAUGGAGGUGGAGGCGUUGGUGGCAGAAUGGGUAAUGUAGGUGGGCACAGAGGUGGAGUUAGUGGUGGAACUGUUGUUGGAGGUGAAGAUCGUGAUCGAAGUGGUGGCAGACGAAAUAGUGGUAGAGGUGAUGGAAAUGUUGGUCGAGGUGUAGCUGGCAGUGGAGUUGGAGGUGGAGGUAGAGGUGGAGGUGGAGAAGGAGGUAGAAGUAAAUUUGGAGCUCCUGGAAGUGGAGCUGGUGUAGGAGUUAGUGGAAAUGGAGGUGGACAUAGAAGUGGAGGUGUUGGAGGAAUUGGUGAUCGAAGUGGAAGUGGGAGUGAAGGUGGUCUUAGAUGGAAUAGUACUAAGGGUGGUGAUGAUGCUGGUGAAAAUGGGCGCAGAAGUGAAUGGGGAGGUGGACGAGGAGAUGGACAUAGAGGUGGAGGUAGAGGUGACGAUGGAGAAGGAGGUAGAAGUAGAGUUGAAGUUGCAGGAAGUGGAGUUGGAUUAGGGGUUGGAAUUGGGGUUGGAGUGGGAGUAGGAGUUGGAAUUGGAGUAGGAGGUGGAGUUGGAGUUGGAAUUGGAAUUGGAGGUGAACCUAGGGAUGGAAGUGGAGAUGGUCACAGGAGUGAAGAUAGAAUGCGUUUAGUACCUGACCGUCCAUGCAUGCCAGGGAAUGUGGUCUUUCGAAACCACACCUAUAACUGCUUUUGUUUAGGCGACAGUGAGAAAGUUUUAUGCCUUGAUCUGGAAGUCAGAGCUAUAGGCAAAGGUGAGGUGACUCCUUAG